GGGCUUGUUCGUAGGGUGGCCCCGGUCCCCCCCCCCCCGCCGGAGCGCUCCGCCCGCGCGCGCAGCAGCCUCUUUCAGCUACUGGAAGGUCGCUAUAAGAUCUCCUCAGAACUGUCUCUUCUCCAGGCUGAACAAGCCCAACUCUCUCAGCCUGUCCUCGUAUGGGAGGUGCUCCAGCCCUCUGAUCAUCUUUGUAGCCCUCCUCUGGACCCAUUCCAACAGCUCCAUAUCCUUCUUACUUUGAGGAUUUCAGAACUGGACACAAUACACACAAGAGAGGACUAGAGGGGCAGAAUCCCCUCCCUCGCCUUGCUGGCCACACUUCUUUUGAUGCAUCCCAGGAUACGGUUGGCCCUCUGGGCUGCAAGCACACAUUGCCGGCUCAUGUCGAGCUUCUCAUCGACCAGCACCCCCAAGUCCUCUGCAGGGCAGCUCUCAAUCACAUCAUCCCCCAUUGUGUAUUGAAACUGUGGAGUGACUCCUUGAAGUCUUUUCCAACCAAAACAAUUCUGUGGUUUUAUGGACACAGUGGUUUUCUUGCAUGGAUUCUGGCAGAGCCCCAUGUAAUUGAAAAACAUGGGGUUUUGCUGUUCAUGGUGUUGCUGAUGUCUCCAUCAGCUGGCAGGUGUUUCAUUGAGAAACAUGCAGAUAACACUAAAAGUUGUCAUAAAUACCAUUAUAUAUUUGCUCCUUAUAGGUGCUAACUGAAAAUGAAUAAAGACAAACAAAUAGAUGAAGAUGAUGAUGAUGACAGCGACCAGUUUGAAGACUUUAUGGAGAAUUUUAACCAGCUUGAACUGCUGGAGACGCACAGGCAUUUGAUUCCUGUAGGAACGCAGAGCUGUUGGUCAGGACAGUCUGAUGAUGAUGAUGAUGAACAAGAAAGAACUGAGGAAUGGUAUGAAAUGCAAGAAAAAAGAAUGGAGAAACACCCAGAGAAAUUGCUUCUCUGGGCAGCUGAAAACAAUCGGCUGAGUACCGUGAAGAGGCUCCUUUCGGAAAAGCUGGCUCCGGUGAACGCUCGUGAUGAAGAUCAGUACACUCCUCUCCACCGAGCUGCCUACAGUGGGCACUUGGACAUCGCACAUGAAUUGGUCGCCCAAGGGGCAGACGUCCAUGCGCAGACAGUGGACGGCUGGACGCCUCUGCACAGCGCCUGUAAGUGGAACAACACAAAAGUGGCCGCAUUCUUACUUCAGCAGGGUGCAGACAUCAAUGCACAGACGAAUGGUUUGCUGACACCACUGCAUAUUGCUGCAGGAAACAAAAACAGUAGAGAAACCCUUGAACUCUUGCUGAUGGAUCAGUAUGUGAAACCAGACCUCAAAAACAACUUGGAUGAAACUGCCCUUGACAUUGCUCGGAGGACUGACGUAUAUCACUACCUUUUUGAAAUAGUAGAAGACUGCAUAAAUGCUGUAUCCCCUUAAAAGCUGGGGCUAGGAUUGAGAACAUGAGGUUUGCUGCUGCUUGUUUGUGUUCUUCAUGCUCAUCUGUGGUGCCUGUCCCUUGGCAAUGAGGUUUUCGUUUAAGAGUCUUCAAUAUUCUCCUCAGGCAAAAUGUCACUUCUUCCAGUCAGUGGUGGCCUUCAUGCUUUGGAGUGUUGCUGCUGUUAUUCAGGGUAUGCAGAAAGUCUCCAUAAUUUCAGCAAGUCUCCAUUUAAUUAGUGAAGGUUUGGAGGAGCUUUUAUAACUGUCUGUGCUGUCAAAGCAGGAGAGAAAACUGGAAUAUUUACUUGAUGUGAAAGGAUUCUGGCUUGGUUACGCAGAGUUUAUCACAGCUCACUUGAAAACUAUUUUUUGAGAAAUUUAACUUUUUUAAAACUGCAUGAAAGCUCAGAAUGAAUGUAAUUUAUUUGGGUGAUACACAAAAUGUUUAGUGAUCCUGGUGUAAGCCUUGUUAUAAAAUAAAAUAUUUCACCCUAAGUAUUUUGUUGUCAUGUUUAUAAUUGAAAGCUCUAUUAUCAAUGCAGUCAGCUGUUCAUAAAUCAAAAACUUUAUUCAUAAGAUGGUGAAGUAGUUUUGGGUUUUAUUUUCCUGGUACAUUUUAAGGAAACGACUUUCAGUGAAGAUCCUGUUUACUUUUCCCUUGCAAAUUAAGCUGAGGAGGAAAGUCUUAAUGUCAUGGUUACAGCACUAGUUAGAACAAGUAAACUUCAACUGUAUGAGGAUAAACAGCCAACAUACUGUUGUGUCUGGUUCAGUUACAGCUCAAUUCCAUGCAGGAGACACUUCACAGUGUUUCUCCUUUUGAAUCUCCAGCAAGAAGCCCUCAUUCCAACUCAAGUAUUAGGAAAUCAGCAGAGUUUUAAAACUUUACUGGUAUUUUGCCUCAAAAUUCCUUAAUUCCUAGACCAUUCAUUUUUUUCCUUAUUUGACACAUUUUUAAUUUGUGAUAGCACACACACUCAAACUC